UGGUUUAUUUUAUAUUGAUGGAUUUUGUUUGUAUUACCUCUGUAGGGAAGUGAUAUCCAUGUUAUCGUACCUCCCGUGUAUAUGCAGAGUUUUGAUUCGCUCUUUGUUGUUAAUGAUACUUACACUAUUGCAAACUUCCAAGUUCAGCUGAAUGAUCUGCUGUUCAAACCUUCUGCUCACAAAUACCUCCUUAAAUUUACUGGUGGGACCAAAGUUGGGGAUAGAAACAUGCAUCAGAUUUCGGAAAAGGCUUGCAGACUCACUCCUUUUCUUGAUAUUUUAACUGGGAAAUGGAAUAAAGAUCAACUUUUAGAUGUUAUCGGAGUGGUUGAUGAAAUUGGGUACACACAGGCCCAUGUUGGAAGUAAAAAGCAACAGGUCAACUUUGUCAUUCGCGACUUGAGCAACAACACUAUAACGGUUACGUUAUGGGAGGCGUACGCGGUGCAGUUUAUCAACUACGUUGAACAGCAAGUCGAUACUUCCAUUCCAGUUGUGAUUCUGAUUCAAUAUGCAAAAGUCAAAGAAGCUUUUGGCAAAUGUCCACUAUCUGUUACCAACACUUACAAUGUCACCAAAGUGGCUAUUAAUGAAGACAUGAAGACAAUCAAACAAUUCGCCAAAAUGUAUAAAAUAGAGGUCGAUGUUCUUCAUGCUGGUACAAAAUGCAAGUUUGUUUUGUGGGACAAGGAGAGUGAGGAACUAUUGGAAGUGUCGGCUGCUCAUAUACGCGAAACAAUGUUUCAGGCUGGAAUAUUUGAUCCCCUCGAUUUUCCCCUGGCACUUGACAAGUUGCUGGAUCAGGAACUUGCGUUCAAAGUCAAGUGGCAACCAGAUUGGUCAAAUUGCUGUGUCAUCAUGUUAGUGAAAGAUAAACCUGUUGUGGAUCAACUAAAAGCUGAAUGGGUGGCUGCAAGUACAGUUAAUUCACAACAGCUAUGCCCCCCUGUGAACCAUAUCAAGGAGAGUGUUGAUGAGGCUGUUCCUGUUGAUGAUUCCGACAUUGUUACGGAUCCUGAAAUUACUUCCAAAUUACACCCUGAACCAGUCACACCUACGGCAAAAAGACAGAACCCGGAUCCAUCCAAUGAAUCUACAAGCCUUGCGACACACAGCGAAGGAGAUUUGUCUUCGACAAAACUUAAGAAACCGACGAGGAUCACUAGGAAAUUAGUGAAGAUUGAAAAAUAGUUUAUAAUAUUGUUAUGGCUGCUAUUAUUUUGGGAAAUUUUAUGUAUGGAUUCUAUUUUGAAAAUACAUAUUUUGUUGUAAUAUUACAUUAUUACUCGACUACUGUUCGAUCAAUUUAACGUAUGU